AUGCUGUCGCCUGCUGCUAGUGCAGGCGUGAGCUUGCUCCUCGUAGCAAUGAGCGUGCUGUUGUACUUGUCAGUACAGCCCCGCCCGUCGUCUGUUGACGCAGCUGCAAUUUCACGCAAGAAGAGGGCGAAGAAGAGCUCGAGCUGCAAGCCGAAGAGCGACCUGCCCCAGCCGUUGACGGUUCGCAUUUUGUAUGGCACGCAAACGGGCGUGUCCAAGACGAUGGCUGAGACGCUGCAGAAGUCGCUGUUUGCCUUGAACGUUGCCAACUUCCACUUCCAGACGAGCGUCGUGAACAUGAAGGACUAUGACCAGGACAACUUGGAGCAGGAGGCCAUUGUGGUGGCGAUUCUGUCCACCUGGACGCACGGCAACCCACCAGAAGACGCGCGUGUGUUUUGCAACUGGAUCACGGAUAUGACACAAGACUUUCGUGUGUCCAAGUCGUGGCUCAAUGGUGUCCCGCACGCCGUGUUUGGAUUGGGCAAUGCAGAGUAUGAUGAAGACUAUGCUACAGCUGCCAAGAACUUGGACCGUGACUUGAGUGAUCUGGGCUCGCCGUCACUGGUAGCGUUGGGUCUAGGUGAUGAUAACGUCGAUCAGUUCAAGCAGUUUGAUGUCUGGAUGGACAAUUUAAUUGCUGCCAUGUGCGAGUUCAGCUCGGAGAAGGCGGUAGCUGCGCUGAAAAAAGAUGGGAAUGGGGUGAAGGAUGCUGACAAAGCUGGCAAGAAGGAGUGGCUGUCGCAGAACGAGUUUCGUCGUUUGAAGAGAGCUGGGAAGGUGGAAGCAGCCGCAGCGAAUGGUGAAAGCGUGGAGCCUAAUGAGGAAGACCGCAUGAAUGAACAGUUUUUGGUGGAUGAAUUGUCAGACGAGGAAGAGCAAAACGCGCAGAGGACUGGAGAUGAGGAUGGGAUGGUAGAUGUGGAGGAUAUUGGAAAGUCCAUGAAGGAGUCCGAGGCAGCGAACAUAUUGCGCGAGAUGGUGACUCCGAUGCAGCGCAAGGCGUUAACAAAAGAAGGAUACAAGAUCAUUGGUACACACAGUGCUGUGAAGCUUUGCCGCUGGACGAAGCACCAACUACGUGGACGUGGUGGCUGUUACAAGCACGCGUUCUAUGGAAUCACAAGCUACCAGUGCAUGGAGACGACACCGAGUCUGGCAUGCGCCAACAAGUGUGUCUUCUGCUGGCGUCACCACAAAAAUCCGGUUGGCCGUGUCUGGCGUUGGAAGAUGGAUGAUGCCGAAACGCUUGUGAAGGGCUCGAUUGAGCGCCAUCAAAGCAUGAUUAAGGAACUGAAGGGACUUCCUGGACUAAUUCCUGCACGAUGGGAAGAAGCUUUCACUGUGCGCCACUGCGCGUUGUCCCUCGUGGGCGAGGCUAUCAUGUACCCCCAGAUCAACGAGUUUUGCAGGCAGCUUCACAACCGUCACAUUUCGUCCUUCCUGGUUACAAAUGCUCAGUUUCCCGAAAAGAUUGCUGCACUCGAUCCGAUCACGCAACUUUACGUCAGUGUUGAUGCUGGCACCAAGGAAUCAUUGCGUGCUGUGGAUCGGCCGCUGUUCAAAGACUUUUGGGAGCGAUUCCUUGCCUGUCUGGAAGAGCUCAAGCACAAGGGGCAGCGCACAGUGUACCGUUUGACGUUGGUCAAGUCCUACAACAUGGAAGAGCUCGACAAUUACGCGGAGCUCAUCAACAUCGGCCAGCCCGACUUUAUCGAGGUGAAAGCCGUCACGUAUUGCGGAAAGUCAGAUGGUUCUAAUUUGACCAUGAAGAACGUGCCGUGGCAUGAAGAAGUGCGUGGCUUCUGCUCAGCUCUCUGUGGUCGUGUAAGCGGAGACUACGCGCUGGCGUCGGAGCAUGCACACUCGAACUGUGUGCUGAUUGCGAAGAAGAAGUUUAGUCGUGACGGAAUGUGGCACACUUGGAUUGACUUCCCUCGCUUCCACGAGCUCGUCACUAAGUUUUACGAAGACGGCACGCCGUUUACAGCCGAUGAUUACACGGCCCCUACGCCGCAUUGGGCAUUGUACGACUCGAAGGAGCAGGGCUUUGAUCCCGUUGAAACUCGCUUCCGUCGUACAAGAGAUGGGAAAGUCGUUGAGUUUGCCUACCAGUCUACCGAGUCGGGAUGUGGUUGA